GGUGGUGACUCUCGAGGAUAUCGUCGGCAAAAUCAAGGAGAAACAUGAUGCAGAAGCAGCCAAAGAACUUGCGGCUAGAGAAGAAGAAGAACGAAUGAAGAAGGAGAAGGUUGAAGAGGAUCGUUGUCUAUGAGAGAAACAAGAGAGGGAGGAGUGGCAACUCAAGAUGCAGGAGGAUUUGAAUAGUCGGUGGGAGAUGGUUUGUGAUAAAAUAGAUCAGAAGGAUAAGGUGAGCAAUGAAGUUGCCAUUCUACGAGAAGAAGUUGCAAGGAUGUCAAGCAAGAAAAAGGCGGCCAAAACGUCAUCAUCCGUGGCUAAACCAGUAUCCAGGGAUGACGUUGUUGAAAGGCUGAAGCGGGAGCAAGAGGAUUUGAGAGCAGUGGCAGAUCGACGAUUUGUUUUGCUAGAGGAGAGACUCUCGGAGUUGACUGAAGCUAAAGAAGAAGCGGAGGCUAGCGCCGAGUUAUGGAAAGCCGAGGCACUCCGCCCUGGGAACAAGAGGGGGAGUAUCGCGGUUGGUCAGACUCCUGUUUCCCACGCGAGAGUACGACAACGUAGUACACCGGCUACCUUGCCAACUGAGCCUCGAGUCAAUCAGCAGUUCAAGGGCAUUGUGGAGCGUCAUAACAUGGAGGUCAAUUUCAUGAAAGAACUGCGUUUGAAAGAUGUCAACGAGCGGCUUGAUGCAGAGAAGGAGGUUGAAAGGCUUAAAGAAGUCAUGGCCAAGCUCGAAAUGGAGAAAGAACGAGGAAGCAAUCUGAAGAGUCGAUUGGACGAGGUGGCUGGUCAUUCUGCCAAGAAAGUAGGCUGCUCUUCGGUGAAGAAGAAAAGUGUGGAUACCCCGGGGGAAGAGGUGAAUGAGUGAAAAACUUUCGUGCGUGCGGCCAGGAAGCAAAUGAAGAAACUGAAUAAGG